AUGACAUACUUGAUUAAAAAAUCCCAUCAGUACAAGAAAAAAACGAAUAGUUUAUUCCUACUAUUGGACGAAGCGUUCACGUUGGUGAAGCGGCAUAACAAACGUCCACGUUUGAAUGUCUCAUUGGAGGUCAACAACAACGGCGAAACCACUUCAAACAACAACAACGGGGGAACCACUUCAAACAACAACAACGAAAACACGGCAAACAUCAAAACAGUUAAAAAAACAACAAAAGUUAUUGGCAAAAAAGUUAUUGAAGAUUGUAAAUUGAGAGCAGACAAAAAUUUAAUUAAGAUAUCUGUGUUCUCAAUAAGCAACCUUAGUAAAAGCCAUCGGAGAGAUGUGGUUGAAUUGUUGACAUCCGUCGGAAUUAACGUCAUAACGUGUUAUCCAGUUAUACAAAAAUCUGAAAUGUCUUUAGAAAAAAAUUUGGACAAAGAUGAGCAAGAAUCAACGAUGUUUAGAGUCUGCAUCGACAGUUCAAAUGCAGCGGUGAUGAAGGAUCCUGAAGUAAUGCCAAAAAAUAUUAUUGUUCGUGAAUGGCGCUUCAAUCAGAAAAAACCUGAUGAUGUCAAUGCCCGAAAUGGUUAG